AUGGCAUCAAGCCAGCCGCAGGCCAAUGGGGUUCCAGCCUCGUCGGCAGGAACUUCUCAGACAGUACCAAACACACAAACUACCGCCACCUCGUCUAGCCAACCUGCAGCUACGGCCUCGCAGAAUGCCCCCCCUCCCCCAGCGCCAUCAACAACCGCUCCUAGGCCGCGCGACUCUCGUCUCAUCGAGCUUCUCCUCACAUCGCAAGGAGUCACCGCUUACGAGCAGCGCGUGCCUCUUCUCCUUCUCGAUUUCGCAUACCGCCACACAUCUUCUGUCCUGAGUGAUGCCCUCCACCUCUCUGGCGACCCAUAUGUUACGCAGGCAGGCUCCAAACCAUCAGCAAACGCCGGCGCUAUCUCAGCACCAGCAGGCGACGCUGCGGUGACAGCCAACGCCGUCAAGCUUGCCAUUGCAGCCCGGCUCAGCUAUCAGUUUCGCGGAGGAAAUGCCGGCGGGGGCAUCAGCAAAGAAUACAUGCAGGAGCUUGCGGGCCAGCGGAACAAGGUUGCACUACCAAAAAUCGUACCAAGUGAAUGGGGUGUCCGACUACCAAGCGAGCGAUUCGUACUGAGCGGGACGAGCUGGGGUCUUAAGGAUGUAUGGGAUGAGGACGACGAUGAAGAGAUGGACCAAGGGGGCGAUGCCAUGGAGGGUAUCGAAGGGCCUGAACCCGAGGAUAUUGGUGGAGAUGGUGUGGAAGGCGGUACCGUUGAGGACAUGUUCGGUGAGGAUGUCGACGAAGAAAUGGCUGAAGAGGGUUAG